GCCUCCCUCAGGCAGAUGUCUCAGGUUCCCCACUUAGCCAUUCUCUGGAACUCUGACAGGCCACUCCCCCUGUUGCAAUAUCUGGGUUUGGGCAAAAAGGAGGGUGCUGCGAAGUCCGCCCAUUUCGAGCAUUUGGGCCGGCUCCCCUUUUCAGAACUCUUCGAGCUUCAUGGCAAACCUCACCUCCCCACCAGCAUCUGCUUCCUGAAGCGAAAUGGCGAGGAUGGACACACAGCCGCAUUCUGGAGGAAAACCGUGCCUCAGGAUGGAGUGUCCGUUUUGCCUGCCCCUCAGAACUUCUCUAUACAGUCAACCAACAUGAAGCAUAUGUUAACGUGGAACCCAGUGGCCCAGCCGGAGGAGACGGUGUUCUAUUGUGUGGAGUACCAGGGGGAGUAUGAGAGCCUGUACAUGAGCCACAUCUGGAUCCCCAGCAGCCAGUGCUCACCUACCAAAAGUCUGGAGUGUGAUGUCACCGAUGACAUCACUGCCACAGUGCCAUAUAACUUCAGGGUCAUGGCCAUGCUGGGCUCACAGACUUCAGCCUGGAGCAACCUGGAGCACCCCUUCAAUCGAAAUGCAACUGUCCUCACCCCACCCAGGAUGGAGGUCACCGAACAUGGGCGGCAUCUGAUUAUUGAGCUGGAAGACCUGGGGCCCCAGUUUGAGUUCCUUGUGGUCUACUGGAGGAGGGAGCCUGGCGCCACGGAACAUGUUAAAGUAGUGAGGAGUGGGGACAUCCCAGUACACCUAGAAACCAUGGAGCCGGGGGCCAUGUACUGUGUGAAGGCGCAGGCGUUGGUGAGAGCCAUCGGGAGGCACAGUGCCUUCAGCCAGCCUACGUGUCUGGAGAUGCAAGGAGAGUCUCUUCCGCUGGCACUGGCUCUGUUUGCAUUUGUUGGCUUCAUGCUGAUGCUCGUGGUCAUACUACUCUCUGUCUGGAAGAUGGGCCAGCUGCUCCGGUAUUCUUGCUGCCCCACCGUUGUCCUCCCAGACACCUUGAAAAUAACCAGUUCAUCCCAGAAGCUAAUCAGCUGCAGGAAGGAGGAGGUGGACGCCUGUGCAGUGUCUAUGCUGUCCUCGGAGCAUCUCUUUGGGGUCUGGAUCUCACAGACUUGAGAAGGACCUGAUGGACCCAGAACCCUGGAUGGGGAGGGUUGUGUUUCUGUUUUCCUCUGUGGACAAAGGACAAAGAGAAGUAACAGGAGCCUGCUGGGUGCGUGUCUAGCGGCAACCAUCAGAGGCAAGGUGGCGUGACCGUCCAAGAAUGACAGAAAUAGUCUGGAGAAGUGAUCCCCAGACCCACAGUUACCAUAUGUUCACUGAAUGAUAGUGGGUGGAGAAAAUGGCUUCAUCCCUGCGGACCCCCGCUUGGUCACCUGUAGUGGGGGAUGAACAAGACUCUUUAAAUGGUUUCUCCCCUCAUCUCUGUGUGUAUACAAACCAGCACUUGCAGGCUGGUAAGGAGACUGGUGGCACUGUGCCCGAUUGUGAGUCCAGAUCUUUCGGACUGUGGGGCAUACGUGGGUACUAAGAAUGAUACGAGUCCUCAGCUGGAUGCAUAAUCUCAGCACUUAGGAGGAGCGUGAGAGAAAAAUCACAGCCUGGACAACACAGCGGGACCCUGUGUGAAGUAAAGAACCGAACAACCAAGAGUAAUAAGCCUCUCCCAUCAAACCAGACUCAGACCCACUGUUGAUUCAGACUUCCCUCUUUACCAGAGGAAACCUGAGGAGGGAAGGAAGAAUGGGAGGGCCAUUUCACUUCAAGCCAAAUCCUGGCUGAAGAGAUAGGUCAGCAUGCUCUGAUGAGGAUGACAUCAAGGGAAGUCAUAGCCCGUCCAUGAUGGGACACGUGUGGAUGUUGCUCUGGGUUCAUGAACCAUCAUCAGAUCCUAGGACCUUGUCCACAGUGAAUCCCAUGAGCUCUCUUCCUAAGGUCAAUUCACUCAGGGUUUCUCAACCCCUCCCAGAUGCUCAUCAGGAACCCCUGACUAGAGGCAUAACCAUUUCUUACUACCUCCAGGCAGGGAGGUAGGGGUUGGGGACAGCUUUGGUCAGAGGAGGAUGAAGGGAGGUGGCUUCAUCUCUCUCUGUGGAGUCAGGCUCACUGCCACCUCCCAACUCUGGAACCUGGAGCUGGCUUGUCUCUGCCCCAACUUCCUGGGCCUCUCCAGCCAGACAAGGGUAGAGACAGUGUCAAAGCUUCAACCAGGUGCUUCCUGUCUGUCUUCAGCACAGAUGCCAACGACUCUGUCUCUACCUUGGGGACUCCAGGAGAGAGGGCAGAUAUGUAGGGGGGUGGGCUGAGGCUCCCUGCCUUUGUUCUGUUCUGCCUUGACCCUUUUGUGAAGUGUGUGUUAAAUUUUGUAUUUCAACUGUUCUGGAAACAUGUGCUGUUUACAGAAUUAAAAACUGCAUACUAACAUUGGCCUUCAUCUUUUCUCCCCUCUCUUCCCUGCCCCCUCACCCCAGGGACCUCACUCCUCUGUUAUCUAAGCUGAGAAUAAAGAAAUAACCCCA